CACACAAGUUCCCCCCACCUGUGCCCAGCAAUGCACCGACCUGUGCCCAGCAGUGCGCCCACCUGUGCCCAGCAGUGCGCCCACCUGUGCCACCCAGCAGUGUCACCACCUGUGCCACCCAGCAGUGUCACCACCUGUGCCACCCAGCAGUGUCACCACCUGUGCCCAGAAGUGCCACCUACCUGUGAUCAGUAGUGCCACCCACCUGUGCCCACCCACCUGUGCCCAUCAUCAGUGCUACCUAUCAGUGCUGUCUAUCAGUACCCAUUAUCAGUGUCGCCUAUCAGUGCCACCAAUCAGUGCCGCAUAUCAGUGCCACCUAUCCGUGACACCUCAUU